GCAGCCAGUUCCUGCUCCAAUGGGGUUCAGUUCCACGGCGAAUGCCCGGCGGUGAGCAAGUGGGCGAAUCUGGAUCUGGUAUCUGGUAUCUGGUAUCUGGCUGAGUGCCCGACGUAAAACGGAAAACUUGUUAGGAUGGAUAAACUGCGAGGCAACAAUGCGGCCGGCGAGAAUCCCUUCAAGCGGCCGAUGAAUGCCCUCCAGAAGCAGUGGUACCGCGUUUUGCUGGCCCGCCGUGUGGGAUUCGGGCAGCGUCCUCCGCCCGAUGAGAAGGAGCCAACGUACGCCGACAUUUGUCGCCAGCGCUAUGCGGCAUCGUUCCGGCGAUACAACGAGUGUUUCCGCCGGGAAAUGGCCAAACACGAGGAGAUGCAGCGAUGCGCCAUCGACGCCAUGCGGGUCCACAGAACCUUUGCCAUCACCACACUGUGGCUGCCUUUGCAUUCGAAGCGGGAAAUCAACUCCACGCUGGAAACCCUCGAAAAGGUGCUCACCGCCAAGGAAAGACGACGCCUGCAGGAGAUUCUCAAGCAGGGAGAGUCCUGGCACUCGCAUCGCUAAAGCUACAUCCAAGGCCACUACUCGGAUUCAGAUUCAGAUACAGAUUCCGAGCCUUGCUCAUCCCCUACACAUCCUCAGCAUCACCAUCAGCUGCCACGGCUAAGUGAAUUCCAUUUAGCUUGGAUUUCAUUCUCUCAGGCAGCCUGAUUUUCCUUCACCGACUUCGUUUUUUACAUUUCCUUCGCUCUGUUCUUGAAAUUUCGCUGUCAGUGGCCCAAGCAUUGUCGUAAAUAUUUAAUACCAGUAAAAGUGCAAAGUUCACUUUGGCUAAAACCGAAA